AUGAAGCUCACCGUCGCUGCCGCCCUCCUCGCCGCCAGCGAGGCCUCGGCCCACUACAUCUUCCAGCAAGUCGGCACCGGCACCACCGUCAACCCGACAUGGAAGUACAUCCGCCAGCACACCAACUACAACUCGCCCGUGACGGACCUGACCUCCAACGACCUCCGUUGCAACGUCGGCGCCAGCGCUUCCGGUGUCGAAACUUUGUCGGUUGCUGCCGGCGGGACGGUCACCUUCAAGACCGACACGCCCGUCUACCACCAGGGCCCCACCUCCAUCUACCUCUCCAAGGCUCCCGGCUCGCUGUCCAGCUAUGAUGGCUCCGGCGGCUGGUUCAAGAUCAAGGACUUUGGCGCUACCUUCCCCGGUGGUGGCUGGACUUUGUCGGAUACUUACACUUUCACGAUCCCGUCGUGCAUUCCCUCGGGUGAUUACCUUUUGCGUAUCCAGCAGAUUGGUAUCCACAACCCCUGGCCCGCAGGUAUCCCCCAGUUCUACCUCUCCUGCGCUCACAUCUCCGUGACGGGCGGUGGUAGCGCUUCCCCCGCUACUGUCUCUAUCCCUGGGGCCUUCAAGGAGACCGAUCCCGGUUACACCGCCAACAUCUACUCAAACUUCAACAGCUACACCGUCCCCGGCCCCGCCGAGUUCACCUGCUCCGGCUCCGGCAACGGCGGUGGCAGCGGUGGUUCCACGCCCUCCAACCCCACCACCCUCAAGACCACAACCGUCGCCACCCCCAAGACCAGCACCACGGCCGCGGGCAGCCAGCCCACUUCCCCCUCCGGCUGCUCGGUGGCUAAGUACGGCCAGUGCGGCGGUAUUGGCUAUAGCGGGUGCACGAGCUGCGCUAGUGGGUCGAGCUGCAAGGUUACUAAUGAGUAUUACUCGCAGUGCUUGUAA